GCGGUUGGUCCUGUGCUACUCGGCAACUUCUUCGCUUGGACGAGAGACAGAAAGAUAGACAGAGAGAGCGAGAGCGGAGGGCUGUCUGACGAAGGCUUUGAUUGAGGUGUCUGCUUCGGGUGAGGUGCGGUGCGACUUGCCGCUUGCGACCCGAGCACCAUGGGGAAGAAGUGCACGUAUCCCGCCGGGUGUCCCAAGCAAGCGUUGUUUGGCAUGCCUGGAAGCAAGAAGCGUGAGCACAUUUUUGGGCCGUCAUGA